AUGGAGAGCUCUGGAGCCAGCGCUGGCUACAACGAUGCCAACAAAGCAUUCAUACAGGCAUUUCUCGCGCGCAGCGUCCUCACUCUCGAAACGGCCAAACCCAUCAUCGCGGCAUGUUCAACAUUUAAAGAGCACCGCGAAGUUCUGCCUCAAGAUGUCACUGUCGAAGAUCUGAAUGACUACGUCGCCGACGCAAACCGUAGGCUAUCUCCUCUCGACCUCGAGAUCAGAAGUACCUUCCACCAGCAAACCCGGGAGAGGGUGUAUGCCCUGGUGAACACCACGAGUGACUCUCUUACGCAACUCGCCACAACAUACACAGCCGACGAAAUUGUCUAUGUCAAGAAGCUUCUCGACGCAAUUUUUGAUGGACAGAACAAUAAGGGCAAGAGAGAGGCUAUGUGUAUAAGCGGUAUCGAUGCUAUUCAGGUUGGGAGAGCGCCUCUGCGACGGCAGAUACCCGACGGCAAUGAGAACGGAACACAGGCUUCUGCUGGCAUGCUCGGUGCUAAGGACGCUGAGAAUAUGCUGCAUAGAUUGCUGGAUGAAGGGUGGCUAGAAAAGAGUCGGGCUGGGUUUUACAGCUUGAGUCCUCGUGCAUUGAUGGAACUCAAGGGCUGGUUGGUCGACACCUACAAUGACGAAGACGAAGACGGCAACAAGAAAGAGAAGAUCAAGUUUUGUCAUGCUUGCAAGGAGAUUAUCACAGUGCUGACGGACUGCUCAAUUGCCAGGGCCAACGGUGUCCUCGACGUGAAUGCCCUUGCCGAUUACACGAUAUCUGUACCCAAAAUUUCUUCCGGAUACACCGAUCCUCAAGGUGUCCCUUGUGCAGAACUGAGUGGGAUGGCGAGCAUUUUGUGGGAGAAAAAUCCAUUACAACCUCGGAAAGCUAUCAGACUGGAAAGAGAAGGAGCGGUGCAAACAACAGGCCACGACAGAGCACCAACACCAAUAACGAGGCUGAGGAAGUAG